GUUAGAAUCCAAUUGCUUAAUAUACUAAAAUAUACUAUGUACGUAUGUUUUUUUCUUGACAGGCAAUCACAAUAAAAUCAUAUGGAGCGGGUUUAUCCCUCACCACACUAAUAUGCAUGACUGGGACAGUACUGAAUGCUGUUUUGACUCUAGUUGUUGAGCAUGGAAAUUAUUCGAUAUGGUCUCUACACCCAGACACUACAUUACUAGCUUAUGUCUACAACGGGAUAGUUUGUUCAGGGAUUGUUUACUAUGUCUCGGGAGAAAUCAUGGUGAAAAAGGGACCCUUUUUUGUCACUGCAUUCAAUCCACUAAGUAUGAUUAUCGUCGCCACUAUUGGUGCAAUCAUGUUUGCUGAGCAGUUAGAUUACGGGAAGGUAAUGGGAGCUGCAGUUAUUAUUGUUGGACUAUACUUAGUGAUAUGGGGGAAAGGAAGAGAUACACCAUCCAACUCUACACACUUAAAUGAGGAUGGUAAUAAAGAAUUUACUCCAGCCCAAUGUUCAAAUGGAGGAAGGGGAUGUGAUAGUACCAAAACACGAUUGGAUGAAGAUACAGUUUAAUGUGUUUAUCAAUGUUAAAUAAAAAUGUGAGUGUAUGUAAGUAAUGUAACUCGAGGUUGGAUGCUAUUUUAAUUAGUAAUGUUAUUU